UCGACCGUUUGGUGAGACAGACUAACCGACAAACUCGUCCUUUGGCGCGUAAGGAUAAGUACACACCUUCCAACCAAUAAAACGCCCAGUAGGCGAAACAAAAGCGCAAGUCGUGCCCUCCUAGCCGACCAGUAGUGCUUGGUGAAGUUUUCAGCACCACGAACCAGAGAACAGAGACAGUCACAGACGCGAGCAACAAUAGUAUAACCAUGGAGCCAUCCACUGCCCCCGGUGCUGAACCGGCUGAUUUCGAGUUGUACUCGGUGAUUCCAUCCAAUGUCACCUACCCGGACGACGAGAUGGGGUUCAAGCCCAACGGAGGAAACUACACCCAUCAGCUCCCGGUUCAGAGCGCCUCCAAUAUUAUAGUAGCCAUCUCCAUCACGGCGCUCUACUCCGUUAUCUGCGUUGUGGGAUUGCUCGGGAAUGUCCUAGUGAUGUACGGUGUGGUGAGAUACACCAAGAUGAAGACAUCCACCAACAUCUACAUCUUUAACCUGGCUCUAGCGGAUGCCCUAGCCACCAGCACACUGCCCUUCCAGAGCGCCAAGUACCUGAUGGGGACCUGGGCGUUCGGAGAGGUCCUCUGUAAGGUGGUCAUCGCCAUUGACUACUACAACAUGUUCACCAGCAUCUUCACCCUGACCAUGAUGUCUGUGGACCGCUACAUCGCUGUGUGCCACCCAGUGAGAGCCCUGGAGUUCAGGACGCCUGCCAAGGGUAAGAUCAUCAACGUUCUGAUCUGGGUUCUGUCCUCUGCCAUCGGAGUGCCCAUCAUGGUCAUGGCUGUGACUAAAACGACAGACAGUGGUCAGACUAUGUGCACUCUGAAGUUCCCCGACCCUGACUGGUACUGGGACACGGUCACUAAGAUCUGCGUGUUCAUCUUUGCCUUCAUCGUCCCGGUCAUGGUCAUCACCAUCUGCUAUGGUCUGAUGAUACUGCGUCUGCGCAGUGUCCGCCUGCUCUCCGGCUCUAAGGAGAAGGAUCGCAACAUGCGCCGCAUCACCCGCAUGGUCCUCGUAAUCGUCGCAGCCUUCAUCAUCUGCUGGACACCCAUCCACAUCUUCAUCAUCGUCAAGACCCUGGUGGAGAUCAACUCUACGAACCCCUACGUGAAAGCCAGUUGGCACCUCUGCAUUGCGCUGGGCUACAUGAACAGUAGUCUCAACCCUGUUCUCUACGCUUUCCUGGACGAGAACUUCAAGAGGUGCUUCCGGGACUUCUGCCUGCCCUGCCGGACCCGCGUGGAACGCAACUCCCUCAACAGGGGUCGGAACGCCAACCGGGAGCCCGUGUCCGUCUGCACUCCGACUGUAGCUGGGAAGGAAAGGAAGCCUGUAUGACUAGGCAUGGACCAGAUCCCUUGUGGUUCUGGUUCUCAAUCCAGGAGGGCCCAGCAAGACUUGCAGUCAGAGGUCACCCAGAUCUCCACAACAGAGUUCUGACAGGAUAAGCAAUGAUUUAGUGAGACUCACAGAGUUGUCAGUAAAGGGGGGUCCAAACCACACCAUAGGUUUUUUUUUGGACCACAUAAUUGAUAUUCCUCCCAGUGAGAUUUAGGAAUGUUCUUUACUGUUACUCAGAAGAAGACAGAUUAAAUGUUUCACCAUAAAUCGUUUUCCGCUAUCCAGAGACAAUCUGUGACGGUGCCAGAGCUUUUGAGUAGCUCAUUUCUGGUUUGUGACAAAUGGAUGUCUAGCUGCAGAGAGAAUACACAGGAUGUUGUCAAGGACAGUGGUCCAAAGAAUGCCACAUGGUUUCAUCAAUUAGUCAUCCUUGUUUGUGAAUGAGGACAAGCGGCACAAAUAUGGGACUGGGGAUGUUUUGAAAAUAUAGGCAACAGGGUAAGGGAAACCACCAAAUGAGUAGACACAGUGCAUUCUGCAACUAUUCAGACCCCUUUUCUACAUUUUGUUACGUUACUGCCUUAUUCCAAAAUGUAUUCAAUUACAGCCUCAAGUCUUCUUGGGUAUGAUGCUACAAGCUUGGCACAUCUGCAUUUGGGGUGUUUCUCCCCUUCUUCUCUGCAGAUCCUCUCAAGCUCUGUUAGGUUGGAUGGGGAGCGUCACUGCACAGUUAUUUUCAGGUCUCUCCAGAGAUGUUUGAUCGGGUUUAAGUCUGGACUCUGGUUGGGCCACUCAAGGACAUUCAGAGACUUGUCCCAAAACCAGUCCUGCGUUGUCUUGGCUCUGUGGUUAGGGCCGUUGUCCUGAUGGAAGGUGAAUCUUCACCAAAUCUUGUUUCUCACGGUCUCAGAGUUCUUUAGGUGUCUUUUGGAAACUCCAAGCUGGCUGUCAUGUGCCUUUUACUCGAGUGGCUUCCGUCUGGCCACUCUACCAUAAAGGCCUGAUUGGUGGAGUGCUGCAGAGAUGGUUGUCCUUCUGGAAGGUUCUCCUAUCUCCUAGGAUGUCUGGACCUCUGCCAGAGUAACCAUCGGGUUCUUGUUGACCUCCCUGAUUAAGGCCCUUCUCCCCCAAUUGUACAGUUCGGCCGGGCGGCCAGCCAGCUCUAAGAAUAGUCUUGAUUGUUCCAAACAUAUUCCAUUUAAGAAUGAUGGAGGCCACUCUGUUCUUGGGGACCUCCAAUGCUGCAAACAUGUUUUGGUACCCUUCCCCAGAUCUUUGCCUCAACACAAUCCUGUCUCGGAGCUCUACGGACAAUUCCUUUGACCUCAUGGCUUGGACUCUCUGACAUGCACUGUCAACUGUGUGACCUUAUACAGACAGGUGUGUUCCUUUCCAAAUCAUGUCCAAUCAACUGAAUUUACCACAAGUGGACUCCAAUAAAGUUGUAAAAACAUCUCCAUGAUGAUCAAUGGAAAGGGUCUGAGUACAAAGGGUCUGAAUACUUAUGUAAAUAACAUUUUUCUGUUUUUUAAUUUUAAUACAUUUGCAAAAAAUAUCAAAAAACCUGUUUUCGCUUUGUCAUUAUGGGGUAUUGUGUGUAGAUUGAUGAGGACCAAAAAAAUAUUUUUACACAUUUUAGAAAAAGGCUUUAACAAAAUGUGGAAAAGUCAAGGGGUCUGAAUACUUUCCGAAUGCAUUGCCUUGGUUGAUCUUCUUUCUAUUCCCUGGGAAGCAAGCACCUGUAAACUUACAUUGAUGAGGAACUUUAAAGAUUGCUGAGGCAUAUUCUAAGAAUCACACUUAACUCUACUUCCAUGGAGUUAAAUUAAGAUCUCAUGGGAAAAACAGAACAUUAUUUUCCACUUACUCAUCUAUUUCAAAACAAAAGGAAAAACAGUGACAUUUCACAUGUAGAAGAAGAAACUACAGAUUAUUUUUGACAGGUUGGAUGAUGGAUGAAAGCAUACUUUAGUUAGUGCAAAGCACUAGGACACGAGACACAGAAUCAACAUGGGAAAAUGGGGCUGAUAGCUAUGUGAUUCUGUAGCCAACAUAAUUUUUUUAUACUAUAUACUGUAAAUAAAAACAUUGCGUAGAGAAUUGCCUACUGACUGACAAUACGCUCCGACACCGCCGUUGUUGUCAAAGUGAGAUAAUAUUACAACACUCCUGAUAUGAAUUGAAUAUUUUAUAUUUUAUGACAUUCGCAACAUGGAACAUUUCUAAAUUAAAAUCUACCACAGAGCUCUGUACCUGCUUGGGCCCUAUAGCUGAGAAUCCAGGAGGGUUCAAUCUACUGUACCAUAGCAUUUCCUUUCCAACGACACCUUGGCUGUCGGCUCCAAGCCUACUUUCAUGGGUAGGUUUUAUCGGUUGGAGCAGAGAGGAGCAGAGAGGUGGAAGGGACCACUGAGAGGAAUAACUAAAUAGUUAUAGACCACUGAUUGAGGUUGGAGGAGCAGACGGAAGACGCUGGGGCUGCAUGGUCCAAUCAUGAUCUACACUCUUUGUGAAUGCAUUACUACUCUGAUGAAUGUGAAAAAUGAACAACAACUGCAGAACACUCACUGUGUACAGCACAACAACUUUAAACUGGAAGAGUAUGGCGGCUUGUGAAACCGAAACCACAAACCUCUUGAGAAUCACUGAGCAUUUAUAUAGCUGAACCAAGUGAGAUUUGAAUAGGACUCACUAUCUGUGUUACUGUGUAAUUGGAGAAAAACAUUGUGUCAUCUGUCAAAUAAAAUCUAUGACAGAUUAAACUAUGCUUAAAUAAGGAUACAUUGAAAAGGCAUCCUAUUCUCUAUAUAGUGCACUACUUUUGAACACACAGUAGGUCCAUUCUGCUCUGGUCAAAAGUACACUCUUAGGAAAAAAAGGUGAUAUCUAAAACCUACGAAGGGUUCUUUAGCUGUCCCCAAAGUAGAACCCUUUAAAUAACCAUUUUCGGUACCACGUCGAACCCUUUCCAUAGAGGGUUCUAUAUAUGGAACCCAAAAGGGUUCUACAUUUUUGGGACAGCCAAAGAACCCUUUUGGAACCUUUUUCUUAUAAGAAUGUAGUGCACUAUAGGGAAUAGGGAGCAAUUUGGCACGCAGGCUCUAUGAAACUGUGCAGUUGGAGAGAAACAUUGUGUCAUCUGUCUAAAUAAAUCUAUGGCAGAUUAGAGAGACUUAACUAUGGCAUUAAGUCAUGAUAAGAUUCCUAAAAUAGAUGAUCGUAGCGCUCAAUUAUACUUUGAGGGCAUCAAUCAAUGAUAGCCAUUAAGUUGAAAAUCAGCUUCCAAUUUCAUAGGCUAUAAUUUGAGUUUAUUAUAGGGUAUACAUUCUCCCGGUAACCUUGCAAAAAAUCUAUGCUGAGGAAAUAUCCAGCCUGUAAACCCUGGCAUAGAUUGCACCCCACAUGGCACCGUAUUCCCCAUAUAGUGCACUACAUUUGACCAAGUGGUGCACUAUGCAGGGAUUAGGGUACCAUUUCAGAUGCAGUUAUAGUUUUGAAUGACCUUGGACAUGAUGCUAUGUCACAAACCACUGUGACAAACUCCAAAAUGAUGACGGAAUUUUUGUGAAUCAUUUAGCCAAAUGAUACUAGCUAGCACAGACUAAGAAAUCAAAUAUAAUUUAAUUACUGAUUAUGUCGACUUCAUUCUUACAGGUGUAGGAUCUUAAUUGCUGCUGUGAAUUUUUCUGCACAGUAGGAAAUGGAAACUUGUACAGUAUUUGAGUUUUGAAAAAGGCUUCCCGAAGUUUGUAAUUUCCUAUUUGAAAUUUCAAACUUAACUUAAGAAAAAUGUAUCACCUCCUACAAGAAUUACCAUGAAUUAUAAGCCACAUAAUCAUUUCCCUUUCCUAUUGCUGCAUGAUUAUUUUCCUGUUGUAGCCAACUGGCUCAAAUUAAGAUCCUCCAUCUGUAGAUUACAUGUAACUACUAUGGUUAGAUAUUUCUAAUGAUGUGUAUCUGUAUGUCUAUGGACAUACUGAAGUCAGAAGGAUACAACAGCUGCCAAAACAAAAGUCAGUUCAAAACUAAAAUCACUUAACAUGACUUGGUAGUAUACAAAACAUUAAGAACGCCUGCUCUUUCCAUGACAUAGACUGCCCAGGUGAAUGCUAUGAUCCCUUAUUGUUGUCACUUGUUAAAUCCACUUCAAUCAGUGUAAAUGAAGGGGAGGAGACAGGUUAAAGAAGGAUUUUAAGCCUUGAGACAAUUGUGACAUGGAUUGUGUAUGUGUGCCAUUCAGAAAGUGAAUGGGCAAGACAAAAGAUUUAAGUGCCUUUGAACGAGGUAUGGUAGGUGCCAGGCGCACCGGUUUGAGUAUGUCAAGUACUGCAUCGCUGCUGAGUUUUUCAUGCUCAACAGUUCCCUGUGUGCAACAAGAAUGUUCCACCGCUCAAAGGACAUCCAGCCAACGUGACAACUGUGGGAAGCAUUGGAGUCAAAAUGUGCCAGCAUCCCAGUGGAACACUUUUGACACCUUGUAGAGACAAAUUGAGGCUGUUCUGAGGUCAAAGUUCGCUAACUGUUUCAGUUAUAGGUGAAACAACUGGUGUAUGUGAUUCUGUAUGUUUUCUUUAUGAUAACUUUAUGAUAUUUUCAUAGUGAUAAUUGAUCACAUAGUCUACUGCUGAGGCGAGCCCUAAAUGCUAAAAAAAUAAUAAGAAAGGAACUGAUUCAGUCCGACUUAAAUUGUAAAAAUUUAAUUAUAGACUGAGACUAUUUUAUACCUGGUCUUAUUUGCAGUAUAUUUCAUGGCAGUGAGUAAAAAAUGCUUCAGCACUAAGAACACAGACUACUGAAUUAUUUACAGCUGAAUCAAUUUCUGGUUUAUGUUCUCGUCGCUUUUGUCAGUAUUCCUGAGACCCACCUUAUAUGCGAUUUCUAACAUCAUGUAUUUACGUGGUAGCAACAAGGAAGAUAGUGUAUUAAAAUUCUGAACAGCCUACACAUCGUUAUGUAUUACAGAUAUGAUAUUGACAUGUUGACAUGCAUUAGCUUUGCAAACAAGCACAAAUCUACCGGGUAGAGAUAUUUAAGUGCUUUCCUACCCUGUAACAAUGUUCACACCUUCCGUAAAUGAACUGUACAUGGCAAUAUAAUGGCCAUCUAAGUAUGGUUUUAACACCCUUUAAUACACAGUGGGACCAUAAAGGUAACAGUACAUCAAACUGAAAAAAAAAAGCGUGCUAAUGUCACAAGUUAGAAAAUGGCCACAUCAACAGGAAUGGUUGCUAAUAGCCUACUAUAGCCUUGUUGCCUCUUGUUGCUAUAGAAUAAUGGAUGUUAUUUUGAUUGACUAACUCCUGCAUACUUUUUCUCGAAACCCGCUGUCAGCAUUGUACCUUUCUGUACUCUCUUUAUGUGAAUAACUCUUUGUGUUGAAUCUCCUAUCUUCUUUGUUCACAAUCUGUUGUUCCUGUGUUUUAUACUUAUAUUUUGGUAACACUUUAUAUAAGAGUUCAUCUACAGAUGUUCAACAAACUAUCUGUAGACAAUCAGCAGCAUUUCAACAGCUUGUCUUUAGCCUACAGAUUGACUAUCUCAUCCAAACAAAGUGUUUCCUAUGUUUUUUCUAUCACUUCUUCUGCCGUGCUUUGGAUAUUGCAGCUCAUUUUUUAAUGAAUUAAUAUAAAUUGAUAUGGAACUACUUUAAAAACGAUAAAAUAUUGGAACAUUUCUGUAACAUUAAUAAAAAAAGAUGCAUGUUUGCUUGUAUUCAAUGUAUUGCCAGAGACUGUAAGGUAUUUGUGGUAUUCAUACUUGAGUCCAUCAUGGUUAACCUUGCAGUGGUCAUGCAGUAAUCCUUAUAGUUUAUAGUUUAAGAUAGAUGAGCAUCUAUUGUAAAAAUGCAUUGAUGAACGAACAGCAAGCCAAGAUGUUUUACAAGAAGCCUGUCUCAGAUUAUUGAUUAAAACAACACAAAUCAAUAAAAAUGAACAUGGUAGCAAA